GGCAAAAAUUUAGGCCAGCCGCAAUCAAGAACUGUGUAUACAUAACGUACGGAGAAGUCUCAAUUCUCUCUACUGGUUCUUCUAUUUCCCAUUUUUUUCUUUUUCAUUUCAAACCCUUUACGUUUAAUCAACGGAGAAGCAACAAAGAUUAACUUUUUUUUGUAUAUAUAUAGAAAAAAAAAAAGGAAAAAAAAAUAAUCAAACAUCAAAGAAGAUAUUUUUUUUGCAUUUCUUCAUCUGCUUCCGAUCGGAAACACUUACCUUUUUUGCUUCUCAAACUUAGAGGCUGAUUUGAGACUUGGUGAAUUUGAAUUUGAUUUGAUGAUGACGAAAGUUGCUGGGUUUUGAUCUGAAUUUUGGUUUUCGGGAGGUUAAGUAGCUUGGAUUUGUAAAAUUAGCUGAAAUUUUGGUUUUAGGGAUAUCUUCUUUGUUUUUUUUGUUUUGGCAACUUGAGGGAAGGUAACGAGUGUGUGAUUUUUGGGUGUUUUGACUAUGUCAAUGUCGUGGGCCGAUUCUGUUUCUGCAGCCGAGAAUCCGGCUGGAGCUCCGUCUAAGUCAGCAUAUGUUCCACCACAUCUGCGAAACAGACCUUCAACUGAUCCUCCUGCACAGGCUUCGUAUGCUGGGGCUGCUGCAUCAUUAGGUAAUGACCAUAGUGGUUAUGGUGUCCCAAAUGUGGUUGGGAGUCGUUGGAGUGGUCAAAGGAAUGAAUACCAAUCUGGUUAUGCUGGUGGAGGAGGACGUGGUGGUGGUUGGAAUGGCAGAAGUGGUGGUUGGGAUCGUGGGAGGGAUCGGGAAGUUAACCCCUUUACAAACGAUGAUAGUGAACCCGUUAGUGAACUAGAGAGUUCUGCGAUCAAUUUUGAUGCAUAUGAGGAUAUUCCAGUGGAAACAAGCGGGGAUAAUGUGCCCCCUCCUGUUAAUACUUUUGCAGAUAUUGAUUUAGGUGAAGCUGUCAAUGAAAAUAUAAGGAGGUGCAAGUAUGUUAAGCCAACCCCUGUGCAACGGCAUGCUAUACCUAUUUCACUCGCGGGGAGGGAUUUGAUGGCUUGUGCUCAGACUGGUUCUGGAAAAACUGCUGCUUUCUGCUUCCCCAUCAUAAGUGGGAUCAUGAGGGGCCAAUUUCCUAGACCUCCACGUCCACGCAUGGCAUUUCCUCUAGCUCUUAUUCUCUCCCCAACGAGGGAGCUCUCUUGCCAAAUUCAUGAUGAGGCAAAAAAAUUUUCAUAUCAAACUGGGGUCAGGGUGGUUGUUGCCUAUGGUGGUGCUCCUAUAAACCAACAGCUUCGAGAAUUAGAGAGAGGUGUGCAUAUUCUCGUAGCAACCCCUGGACGGUUGGUAGAUUUACUUGAGAGAGCAAGAGUCUCGUUGCAGAUGAUAAGGUAUUUGGCUCUAGACGAGGCUGACCGGAUGCUUGACAUGGGUUUUGAACCUCAAAUAAGGAAAAUAGUGCAGCAGAUGGACAUGCCUCCGCCAGGUGUGCGACAGACCAUGCUUUUCAGUGCCACUUUUCCAAAAGAGAUUCAGAGACUGGCCUCAGAUUUUCUAUCCACUUAUAUCUUUUUGGCUGUCGGAAGGGUCGGCUCUAGCACAGAUUUGAUUGUCCAAAGAGUUGAAUAUGUUCAAGAGACUGACAAGAGAAGUCACUUGAUGGAUCUUCUUCAUGCGCAGAAGGAAAACGGUGUUCAUGGCAAGCAAGCUCUUACCCUUGUUUUUGUGGAGACGAAGAAGGGAGCUGAUGCACUGGAGCAUUGGCUUUGUAUGAAUGGUUUCCCUGCUACUGCUAUUCAUGGUGAUAGAACUCAGCAGGAGAGAGAGCAUGCCCUCAGAUCCUUCAAAACUGGUCACACACCAAUCUUGGUUGCAACAGAUGUGGCAGCACGUGGUCUCGAUAUCCCCCAUGUUGCACAUGUUGUUAACUUUGAUCUGCCAAAUGACAUUGAUGACUAUGUGCACCGUAUUGGAAGAACUGGACGAGCAGGAAAAACAGGUUUAGCUACUGCCUUCUUCAAUGAGAACAAUUCUUCACUGGCAAGAUCACUAUCUGACUUGAUGCAAGAAGCAAACCAAGAAGUACCUGCUUGGCUCUCUCGCUUUGCUGCUCGAUCCACUUAUGGAGGCAAGAAUCGUCGUGGUGGAGCUCGUUUUGGUGCACGUGACUUUCGAAGAGAUUCCUCUUACAAUCGAGGUGCUAGUGGUGGUGCUACAGACUAUUAUGGUGGUGGUGCCAAUAUGAACAGUGGCUAUGCAUCUGGGGGGUAUAAUGCAUCGUAUGGAACAGCUGGCGUGACUAGUGCAUGGGACUAACCAGCCCUCAUUUCUCCCCACUAGCAAAUUCAGUUGUACUUUCAAGUUCUACACUAGCAAAACUACUCACUUCAGAGCUUACUCUUGCUAUUGCUCACUCUUCUUAGUUCUCUUCCGUUGUACUCGAGUUUUCACUUUCCAUGGUGGUUGUCGUUCGUGACAUAUAGUUCAGGGCUCUAGGGGAUGUGUAAAUCUUGGCAGGUCGCGGCGAAUAAUGACUAACAGAUUAGGAAUUUUUUGCCUCAUUAGAAAUGUGGUUUAUACUUCUCUUAACCCAAUUUUGUUGGUUGUAGAUUUGUUCUGCAGAGCCCUUUGAACCAAAUGUUUGAAGUUAUGUUUCAACUUUAGUCAGUACUGUUGUAAUAUUCUGAAGUCUUAUUAAUCAAAUUUUCUAUUUUAUACACAUUAGAGAAAGUUUUUGCU